AUGGAAGCCGCCAGCAAGAUCGUCACCAGCUUGCUGCUGAAUCUUGCAUUGUUCUUGCCAUGUCUCUCUGCCGCCGUCUCCUCCAAUCCGUCGUCGUUCCAUCCAAGCAUGUCGAAAGGACCCAUCCAUCAUGACUACACCCGCUUCGCCGACGUCGAGCGGCACUGCCAAUCCGUGCUCGCCUCAGCCGCGGACCUCAAGGCUGACGCCGACCGUGCCGGCGACCUGAUGCACGUGCACCAGCUAUCCUUCAUGAAUGGCGACUGGAGCCAGGACGCCGGCCAAGCCCCUCUGCUUCCGUUCCAUGGGAGCUACGCUGAUGCUGCUGCGGUGCCCGGUCCUGAACUGCUUGAGGCUGUUCCCCUCGCGUCCUUCAUGCUGACGCACACGGACAUGGCGCCGCGGCGAGGGGCUCGAACCGCCUUCAACGUCAGCGGGCUCCUCAGCUUCACCAUCACCCGCAACUGCUGCUGCUCGUACACGGAACCACGCGCGUCACCGGAAUUCGAGCUCCGGCCAGGGGUCGCCAGGCUCCACGUGCUGCUCCAAGGUGUGUAUACGGAGACGAAGUCGUCGUCGGGGAGCGGCGAUGGCGGCGGCGGCGAGAGGGUGCUGUGUAUGGUCGGGGACGCGGUCCUCCCCGUGCGCGGCAGCAACAUCACGGACCCGUGGGCCUGGGCCAAGCAGAACAAUGGCGGCGACAGCAACUUCAAGCCGCCGGUCGUGACCGCCGACAACAUCCUGCUCGUGCUGCGGUACCCGAUGACGGCCACGCUGACAACUCGCGCCGUGCGCGGCGAGAUGACGAGCACGAGCGCCAAGUCCGACGGCGCCUACUUCGACACCGUGCGCCUGGUGUCGCAGCUCGCCGGCGGGUACGACUCCGGCUACCAAUUCCAGCCAGAGGAUGCGGCGCUCGAUGCUGUCGCUGGGUGCAGCGACGACCCGCUCUUCCGUGACGGCGACGCCAUGGGCAUGGAGCACCUGAACAGAGGCGGCUCCCUCUGCGACAUCGUCUACCAAUCCGCUCCCAGUCACCAAGUGAUGGAAGUGAUCCCAAACUGGAACUGCAAGGGCACCGACGCGUUCUGCAGCCAGGUCGGCCCGUUCGAGAGGGGCCGCCCCGUCACGAGGGCUAUGCAGGACGUGGCGUUCACCCGUUCCGGCAUAACGGUGCAGGGCCUCCAGUGCAAGCCGGCGUCCAGCACCGACGGCGCGGCGGGGGCGCGGCUGGCGGCCGUGUUCCGCUACGUGCCCCCGUGGGAGGACCAGCCCACGGCGGCGAGGCGGACCGGCCUGAGCGCCAUGACCCUGUCGGCCGAGGGCGUGUGGAUGGCGUCCGCGGGGCGGGUGUGCAUGGUGGCCUGCCUCGGCGGCGACGAGAGAGCAUGCCACUACCGCGUGACCCUGUCCGUCCGGAAGACGUUCUCCAUGACUCGCCGCGGCAGCAGCGUCGGGCAGAUCACCGCCAUGGAUGGCAGCCACCCUCCGCUCUUGUUUCGACACCGCGUGAACCCCAGAGAGCAGCGCUCGCCGGAGAUGCGCAUGUCGUACAUCUACACCAAGGUCGAGCAGGCUCGGGAGCUCCUUCGGUUCAAGCCAACCGGAUUUCGCGACAACAUCGUUGCCAGGUCACUGCUCAGCUACCCAAGCAUCGCCGGACCUGCCGAGGACAUGGUAAGCCUCUCGAACCUCGCCGACGACCUCAAUCUCCGCUUCAAAUGCGCGGUGAAGCCGCCUUUUGUGCCGGAUUGGAUCGAGGAGCCGUUCUUCGAACUCCAGAUACUCUCCGUUGGCACCCUCGUUGGAAGCUACCCCCAAUUUCAGCCGCAAUUUCAGGGCGAGUUUAGCAUGCGGAUCGAACUGCUUGGUAGAGCUAGAGUCCAUGCCGUGGAGAAGCAGCAGAUCCUGAAUGUGUCUGCAGAGUUCACGGUGUCCAGGAAGAAUUUCGUCAGUCCAAGUCCGGUGAUGUCGUUGGAGGGCGUGUAUGACCCCGAGGAUGGGCGGAUGUAUCUGAUCGGCUGCCGGAACGUCCAUGCCCCAUGGCGAGUCCUGUCGAAACGAAGAGACCUCGAAGACGGGAUGGACUGCUCCGUAGAGAUGACAGUGGAGUACCCGCCGACGACGACACGGUGGUUGAUCAGCCGGGCGGCGAAGGUCUCCGUCGCCAGCACGAGGGCCGAUGACGACCCUCUGCACUUCAACAGGACGGAGCUCCGCACGCUGCCCGUCGCAUACCGCGACCAGCGUCGGGACGAACUGACCGAGCCGGUGGUGGAGGGGCUCCUCUGUGUCACCAUGCUGUCGGCCACCAUCGCUGCCACCGUCGGCCAGCUCCGCUACGUCAAGUCGCACGCCGACGUCGCCCCGUACGUCUCGCUCGUGACGCUCGGCGUCCAGGCCCUCGGCUACAGCUUGACGCUGGUCACGGACGCCAGGAUGCUGCCGGCGUGGCCCACGCGGAGGUACAUGCCCUACUACGCCGGCCACCUGGGCUGGAUCAUGGACCGCUCCGUGAAGGCGCUCACCCUCGCGGCGCUCCUCCUCACGGCGCGGCUCGCCCAGGUGGUGUCGCGGUCGAGGGCCCGGGCCCGGGCGCGGUCGCCGCUCGAGCCGAGGCGCGUCCCGGGCGACGGCGCGGUGCUGCUGUGCAGCGCCGGCGUGCAUCUGGGCGGCCUCGUCUUCGUCCUCGCCGUGCACUGGCUGAGCACCUACGGCGCGUCGACGGCUGAUGAGCCACCCAGCGGGGUGAUCUACGGCGAGGAGCAGGGGAUGCCGUGGCCCGCGCGCGCGCGGGCCGCCAUCGUCGAGCGGUACGCCGGCGUGGCAAAGGAGUGGUUCUUGCUCCCGCAGGUCGUCGGCAACGCCCUCUGGCGCGUAAACUGCAAGCCUCUCGCGGCGAGGUACUACGCGGGGGUCACAGCGGUGUGGCUGCUGCCACAUGUCUACGGCUACCUCCGGCCGCCGGUGGUCAACGCUUACUCCGAGGCUCACGGCGAUGUCGUUGGCUUCUACUCAAAGGCCAGCGCCGUGGUGGUUCCCGUCGUCGGCUUCGUGCUCGCGCUCGUGGUCUACGUGCAGCAGCGCUGGAACUACAAGAUCGUCGGCUGGGCGAUGAGGACGGAGAAGAACAAGCUGCAGCACGUCUACUGA